UAUUUUCAGACCUACACAGACCUACACUAACUUAAUUUUGAGACAGAUGUUUGUAGGCUUGCAAUAAAUUCCUGAGAAAGAAGCCAGGGUUUUGUGUAUGUAAGACCAAGUGAAAUUGCUCUUUGCCUUACAUACAUUUUCUUGUUUUUAGACGCCCGGAUUAUUCUUUCAAAAUGGAUAAUAGAGCACUUGUUAAUGCAGUACUUUUGUUAAUUGGCAUGUUUGGUACAUCGGCGCAAAGAAGAGGUGAUACAGAUGACAUCGUGUCAUAUUCUAUGAGACAGGGAGAUAAAUAUGAUGCUGAGAUCGAAUUUCUUGAUUCAACAUAUGAUGGUAACGUUAGCCAAAACUACCUUCACGAUGGGCUUGGAAAGUUAACCGAUGGGGAAAAGGGAAACACAGACUUUAACGGACACGAGUGGGUAGGAUGGAAAAAUGAUACAAUAAUCGACCCGGGUCCGGUUGAAAUCAUAUUCAAAUUCAAUACAGUUCGAAACUUUUCGUAUGUCAAAUUAUUUUGUAAUAAUUAUUUUACGAAAGGCAUCAGAGUGUUUCAAAAAGCGGUUAUUCAAAGCAGUAUUGAAGGGAAAUAUUUUGAACAGAGGAAAACGUACGACUUUAUACGUGACAGUAUUGUACAAUAUGCACGAUAUGUUGUUAUUCAGUUGGAUCAUAUUAUUGCAAAAUAUAUAAAAUUAGAACUUUAUUUUGAUGCCAAAUGGAUUUUAAUCAGUGAGGUGAAGUUUGAAUCUAAACCAGCAUUUGGAAACUUUACUAAUGAAUUACCUCCGCCGACUCCUCUAGUUUCUACAACAACAGUUAAACAAUCUGGCAAAAAUGAGGGCCAAGAAACGGAGCUUGAUCCAAACAAUAGGGAUGACAUCGCGUCAUAUUCUAUGAGACAGGGAGAUAAAUAUGAUACCGAGAUCGACUUCUUUGAUUCAACAUAUGAUGGUAACGUUAGCCAGAACUACCUUCACGAUGGGCUUGGAAAGUUAACCGAUGGGGAAAAAGGAAACACAGACUUUAAUAGAGGACACGAGUGGGUAGGCUGGAAAAAUGAUACAUUAAUCGACCCGGGUCCGGUUGAAAUCAUAUUCAAAUUCAAUACAGUUCGAAACUUUUCGUAUGUCAAAUUAUUUUGUAAUAAUUAUUUUGCGAAAGGCAUUAGAGUGUUUAAAAAAGCGGUUAUCCAAUACAGUAUUGGUGGGAAUAAUUUCAAACAUGGAAAAACAUUUAACUUCAUACGUGACAAAUAUAUAGAAUAUGCACGAUAUGUUGUUAUUCAGUUGGAUCAUGUUUUUGCAAAAUAUAUAAAAUUAGAACUUUAUUUUGAUGCAAAAUGGAUUUUAAUCAGUGAGGUGAAGUUUGAAUCUAGUAAGUAUUUUUUCUCGUCUGUUGUAACAUUCGUGCUUAGUCAGCUAGUUGUAAUGUGAAUGCUCCCCAUU